UCAAACAACCCGGCCAAAAAAAAAGAAAACACGCAAACCCGCCGAGUUACACAAAUUUCUAGAUGAUAAGAAAUACUUAAAAGAAGGAUUAAUUACCGAUAAUUUGCUGGAAAUGUCGAAAAUGCUCAUCCGAUUGAUCCGUGGUGUUGGGGGUUUGGGUUCAGGUGCCGGUGCCGCCCGCGCUGCAAACCUGACCACUCCGGCCGGACGAUGGAAUAACUCCGGCGCCAGUCUUUGGAGCAGAUUUCAACACACAUCCGGACAGACCGAUCCGAUGAAGGGCAAGGGACCCAUCACGUGGAAAAGCUUUGCAUUUAUUGCCACGGCCGGAAUCGGAGUGCUCGGUUUCAUGUGGUACGUGAAGGAUGAAAAAGAACAGGCUUUGCUCAGAGAGCGGAAGCGGCAACUGGGCAAAGCAGCGAUCGGUGGCAAGUGGGAGCUAGUUGAUUCGAAUGGCAACCCUCGAAAAUCGUCGGAUUUUCUGGGCAAAUGGUUGCUUAUCUACUUCGGAUUCACGCACUGUCCCGACAUCUGUCCGGAUGAGUUGGAAAAGAUGGCAGCAGUCGUAGAUAAUCUGGAGAAGGACGAAACGGCCGAGCCGGUGCAACCUAUCUUCAUAACCGUUGAUCCACAGCGCGAUACGAAAGAGAUCGUCGGCAAAUAUGUAAAGGAGUUUUCACCCCGGUUGCUUGGGCUUACCGGAACCGUGGAUCAGGUUGCGCAAGUUUGCCGUGCAUUCCGAGUGUACUUCAGUGCCGGUCCUAAAGACGAGGACAACGAUUAUAUUGUGGAUCAUACUAUCAUCAUGUACUUGGUUGAUCCGAAUGGAGAGUUUGUGGAUUACUACGGCCAGAACCGGGACAAAGAGUCGAUCAAAAAUUCCAUCCUGAUCAACAUGACCAAAUUCAAGCAGAUGCACAACAAAUCCUGGUGGUGAUUCAACGUUACCGAAAUUAUGCAAGAGGUAGUAUUUGGCCGAAUGAGUCAGUGUUUGUUAAUUUAAGCAAUAAACAACAAAGUGUAUGGUAUA